UGUAGAGCGGGUGUCACAAUCUCAUGUGUAAAUUUUCCAUUUAUGAACGAUAACACGAUAACGCGGAACAGACAUCUUCUGCCUAAUUUAGUGGGAUGCUGCUUUGGAAUUGUAUGAAACCCUGGUUCUGGAAUCUGUGUGCCCAAACUCUCACAUAACACUUCUACCGAACGAGGUUUUGUCAAAAAUGAGGGACAGACACUCGAUACAAAAUGCCCGUGGCGUUGGAGAUAAGUUUGACUGCACAAUGCAAGAGCUCCAGGGCCUCAUGCAAUUGCGUGGAGCGGAAGCUUUGGAUGUUAUCACAAGGAAAUACGACGGGGUCACUGGAUUAUGCAAACGUCUUAGGACCUCGCCAACAGAAGGACUGUUCAACAAAGAACUGACGCAGAGGCGAGAAGUCUUUGGGACCAACGUCAUUCCACCAACUCCCCCUAAGACAUUUCUACAACUCAUGUGGGCAGCACUCCAAGAUGUCACACUAAUCGUACUUAUGGUGGCUGCUGGUGUAUCUCUUCUUUUAGCUCUGUACAGUGAAUAUUUCGGGGGUGAUAAUACCUCCCAUGGUGGCGACGAAACAGAGGGUGAAGUAAGCUGGAUUGAAGGCGUGGCCAUUUUGUGUGCGGUGGUUGUCGUGGUACUGGUCACAGCAACAAAUGACUGGCAAAAGGAACGUCAAUUCAGGGGCCUGCAAGACAAAAUUGAAUCCGAUCACCGAAUGUCCGUAGUACGUGAGGGGGAAAUCGUCGAAGUCCUUGUUGGUGAUAUCGUCGUCGGUGAUAUAUGUCUUGUCAAAUACGGUGAUCUACUCCCAGCUGAUGGAGUGAUUAUACAGAGUAACGACUUGAAAGUGGAUGAAAGUUCACUAACCGGCGAACCGGACCAUGUGAAAAAGGGCGAGUUGUUGGAUCCUAUGCUUCUUUCGGGUAAGCCAUUUCUUCUCAAUAUAACUCGCUUGGCAUUGAUAUAUGCUGUCUUAGAAACGAGAAUUCAAGAUGCAAGCACAGUGUUUGAGUUAACCGCUCCGUCAGUCUUCACUCGCUUCCGGCUACGCACCUCUGGUGAUCCAGAGGCUGCUGCGGUGGGAUGUGCAGGGGUUGGUAUUGUGCUAAGUCACCGGGCGGAAGUAUCCUUACUUGAGUGGAUACCUGUUGAUAGUCGCCUCUGUGCGGUUCGCCUGGGAACGUCUGUGAAGGAGUCUCACAAGCGGCAAGUUGAUAGGUGUCUGUUUAUCAUGUCUGCAUAUGCCCCAGCUGGUGGUAGCUCUGAAACCGUCAAAUACAGGUUUUACGAUGCCCUGAAUGCUCUGCUGCGGCGAGCUGAAAGCUCAGACAUUGUGGUGGUUGCCGGAGAUAUGAAUUCGCAAGUGGGCAGGCUCAGUGUAUCUGAGACUCUAUUGGGAGGUCGACAUGGACUGGACUCGCCGAGCCUCCAUGGAUCGAUGGUGGGUCGUUUCCGCGACUGGGGUAAUCGCCGCACAUACAAACACCAGUUUUCUAAUUACUUUGUCACGAGUUCGUGGAUGCCAUCUGACACCAACAGCUGUUCUGAGAAAUCGGUGGUCGAGAACUUGAAGACGCCUCACAUCUGUCCGCAUAGGCUACCUCUCUCAACCUUCGUAGAUGUUUGUCCAAGCCUUCUGACUCGACUAAAUGAAGGCAGCAGCCACACCCUAUUUCAGGCAACUCAAUUUACCAGUAAAAAAAGUGUCAGCGAAGCAAUGUGCGAAAAAGACGGAACGAAUGUUCAUUCAAAGUCGUCUGGUGUGAUGGGUUGA